UCAUCUGGUCUGGGUUUCCCGUCCUGUCCUCCUUCGGCUCGAUCCUGCCCUUCAGACCCCGCCCCCCAGCCUCGGGCCCCGCCCCCGUCACCCUAGGGGCUGGAGACGCGUCCCUGGCGUGCGCAGCGGCCCUAGCGAGGGGCACAGGCACCAACCCUAUCUCACGUCCUGGCGUGCCCUGCUGGGGGAAGGUGGGAUCCGGGUGGCCAGACCCUGACAGCCUUCCCGAGCACCAGAGGCUUCAUUCCCACCAGGACUUGCUUUUGCCUACAGCAUGCAGUCCCAGGAGAGUGGUGUCCACUACAGCAGAUGGGAUGACAGCAGCCGGGACGAAGUCAGCAUGACAGCCGUGUCUAGCGCAGAGGAGGCCUCAUGCUAUAGGAGGAUCUCCCAGAAGCUGUGCUCGGGCAAGCUGGGCAUCGCCAUGAAGGUGCUGGUUGGAGUGGUCCUCUUCUGGGUCAUCUUCAUCUUGGGCUACGUCACUGGCUACUAUGUGCACAAGUGCAAAUAAAUGCUGCCUUGCUCCCA